UGUAUGGAGUGUGGAAAGAGCUUCAGUCAGAGUGAUAAACUUAGAAUACAUCAACGGACUCACACGGGUGAAAAACCAUAUAAAUGUAUGGAGUGUGGAAAGAGCUUCAGUAAGAUUGGAAACCGCAAUAUGCAUCAACGGACUCAUACAGGGGAGAAACCUUUUAAAUGUAGGGAGUGCGGAAAGAGCUUUAGUGAUAGUGGAAACCUUAGAAAACAUCAACAGAUUCACACAGGGGAGAAACCAUAUAAAUGUAUGGAGUGUGGAAAAAGCUUCAGUUUCGAUGCAGGCCUUCGAUCACAUCAACGGACUCACACAGGGGGAAAACCAUUUAAAUGCAUUGAGUGCGGAAAGAGCUUUAGUCAGAAUGGAGACCUUAAAACACAUCAACGGAUUUACACAGGGGAGAAACCAUAUAAAUAUGUGGCGUGUGGAAAGAGCUUCAUUCAGAUUGGAAACCUUAGAAAACAUCAACGGACUCAUAAAGGGUGAAACCAUUUAAAUGCAUUGAGUGCGGAAAGAGCUUCACUCAAAAUGGAAACCUUAAAAUACAUCAAUGGAUUCACACAGGGGAGAAAACAUUUAAAUGUAUGGAAUGUGGAAAGAGCUUCAGUAAGAGUGGACACCUCAAUAUACAUCAACGGACACACACG